GCUCCCUGUUUGAAUGCAGCUAGGAAAGCAGCACAAGCUCACCACUAAAAGUGUCUGCCAUGGAAAAGGAGUUGUCGUAAGGGUUUUGGCCUUGCCAGUGCCCUCCUGGGUGAGGUGAAGAAGGGAAGGAAAGGCCUUGGAAAGCAGUGGUUGCGCCAGACAGCCCAGGAAAGAGCUGCAGUCUGAAGACCCGGGGCCACCUGCUGUUCCCAGGCAUUCAUGUCCCUCUGGGGUGGAGGAAGGACCCGGGACAAUGGCUGCUGCUCAUGAUCUGGAGAUGGAGAGCAUGAAUCUGAAUAUGGAGAGAGAGAGGAAAGAAGAGCUGGAGGAAGAGGAGAAGAUGAGAGAGGAUGGGGCAGGGAAAGAUCGUGCCAAGAAUAAAAAGGUCCACAGGAUCGUCUCAAAAUGGAUGCUUCCUGAAAAGGCCCGAGGAACAUACUUGGAGAGAGCUAACUGCUUCCCACCCCCCGUGUUCAUCAUCUCCAUCAGCCUGGCCGAGCUGGCCGUGUUUAUUUACUAUGCUGUGUGGAAGCCUCAGAAGCAGUGGAUCACCUUGGACACAGGCAUCUUGGAGAGUCCCUUUAUCUACAGUCCUGAGAAGAGGGAAGAAGCCUGGAGGUUUAUCUCAUACAUGCUGGUACAUGCUGGAGUUCAGCACAUCUUGGGGAAUCUUUGUAUGCAGCUUGUUUUGGGUAUUCCCUUGGAAAUGGUCCACAAAGGCCUCCGUGUGGGGCUGGUGUACCUGGCAGGAGUGAUUGCAGGGUCCCUUGCCAGCUCCAUCUUUGACCCACUCAGAUACCUCGUGGGAGCUUCAGGAGGAGUCUAUGCUCUGAUGGGAGGCUAUUUUAUGAAUGUUCUGGUGAAUUUUCGAGAAAUGAUUCCUGCCUUUGGAAUUUUCAGACUGCUGAUCAUCAUCCUCAUCAUUGUGUUGGACAUGGGAUUUGCUCUCUAUAGAAGGUUCUUUGUUCCUGAAAAUGGGUCUCCGGUGUCUUUUGCAGCUCACAUUGCAGGUGGAUUUGCUGGAAUGUCCAUCGGCUACACGGUGUUUAGCUGCUUUGAUAAAGCACUGCUGAAAGAUCCAAGGUUUUGGAUAGCAAUCGCCGCUUAUUUAGCUUGUGUCUUGUUUGCUGUGUUUUUCAACGUUUUUCUAUCUCCAGCAAACUGACCUGCCCCUAUUAUAAGCCAACUAAUAAAAAGAGCCAUCUGGAGGAAGAAAAAAAAAGGAAAACCCU